CUCGGCAAGGCCCCGCCGUCGCUCGGUUGACCGUUUCCAUAGCAGCGAAGUCGCGCCGUCAAUCCGAAGGCGGGGUUCACAGUAGUGAUUGAUGGUUUAGUGUACCAAUCAUAAUAGGAGACCAUUGAUGGACAGCGGACGUUGGCCAAUAAGCGUAUAGUUGUGGGCGAGUCCAAAUUUAGUGGUCCGAGCACCCAACUCGAAGACGAAGGAACGGAGCAGCACACCAGAGAGAGUCCUGGGACGAAUUGACUGCGGAUACGCUGUGCGAAGAUGGCGGGAACUGCCAGACAUGACCGUGAAAUGGCGAUGAACGCCAAGAAGAAGUUGCAGCAGUGCACGGACCCAAUUGAAAAGUUACGUCUACAGUGCCUAUCCCGGGGUUCUGCCGGAAUCAAAGGGCUGGGCAGGGUGUUCCGCACCAUGGACGAUGACAGAAACCGGACCCUCGACUUUAAGGAGUUUGCGAAGGGUCUGAAUGAUUAUGGUGUCCUGUUGGAGAAGGAGGACAUAGAGGCUGCCUUCAAGCACUUUGAUAAGGAUGCAAGUGGAACAAUUGACUAUGACGAGUUCCUCACGACAUUACGGCCGCCCAUGUCCAGCGCAAGAAAGGAGGUCAUCACACAGGCCUUCCGUAAGCUGGACAAGACAGGAGAUGGUGUGAUCACCGUCGAGGAUCUGCGAGGGGUGUACAAUUGCAAACAUCACCCCAAGUAUCAGAAUGGGGAAAUGACAGAGGAGCAGGUCUUCCGCACAUUUCUCGACAACUUUGACUCGCCCUACGAUAAGGAUGGAAUUGUGACAAUGGAGGAGUUUCUAAAUUACUAUGCGGGGGUCAGUGCUUCCAUCGACACGGACGUCUAUUUCAUCAUCAUGAUGCAAAAUGCCUGGAAACUUUAACAGGCAUCCUUGUGCCUGGGGGUCACCCAAUUUGAAUUUAUUAAUUAUUAUUCGGGAGUGAGUGCCUCUAUUGACAAUGAUGCCUACUUUAUCCUAAUGAUGAAGUCCUGCUGGCGGAUGUGAUCAACGACGACAUUAUCAUUUGGGGAAGUGCAGAC